AUGGAAUUGAGUUGUAGUGCAAAGUGCUUGAAAUACUUUGUGUUUGUUUCAAAUGCAAUUAUUUGCAUGAUUGGAUGCUUCUUUCUGAUUCUGUCAAUUCGUGCAUUGGCUAAAACCGAUAUUGUUGACGAUCUGCCUGAAUUGGCUGAUAGUAGUGACGUGCACAGUGGAGUGAUUCGAGCUGGCUUGAUCAUGUUGGCCAUUUUCUCGUGCUUUAUCUUUCUGGUCGGUUUCAUGGGUUGCUUUGGUGCCGUCACAGAGAAUCCAACGCUGUUGCUUGUGUAUUCGAUAGUACUAUUCACUUUCAUCGUCCUUGUGAUAACUUCACAAUUUUUGGCAAUCGCAGGCAGAAAAACUUUCGAGGAAUCAUUAGAGGUAGUUUAUUAUAACCUUUUUUUUCUGACAUUUUUCACCAAAUUCAACGUUUUCAAGAUUAUCGUAUUAUGUGCAGAUUACCGAUACAACUCAAGUGAAGCUCGUCAAAAUUUUACAUCGUUUGAAGAAGCGUUCAAUUGUUGUGGUGCAACUGCACAGUUGAAACCAAUAUUCAUUGAGGAACAUCUCUGCGAAGGUGAACUUGCCCAGCAGCCAGAUUGUUGUUCAGUGCUCACCGUGGGUGUUAGUGCAGCCUAUUUGAUAUUAACAUUCGUCCUUCUGUUUGCAACUGUCAUCGGACUAUCAGCAGCGUGCAUUCUGCGAUCAUCACUAACACACAGACUUUCUUACGCUCAGUUCUGA